GGGAUAUUUGGCGAGGAAGAGCAUAAAAUUUGUGCAGUUGAAGAAGUGAGCAUUGAGGGAACCACAGUAAGCACGAAAUUGCUACAUUUUACUUAUGAAUAGAGUAACAAAGCAUUGGAAGAAAUAGGAAAGAUUGAAAUAUAGGUGAAUGGAGGCAGAGGCUGCAAAAGAUUCUGUGUUUGAUGAAGGUUUUGUUGAGCUGGAGGUGCCUGAAGAUGAAGCCAUGGAAGUAGCAAGUUCUGCAACAGAGCAAGAGGUUGAUGAAGUGCUGGGUGGUCCUAAAGCAACAGUGUACUUUAAGGAUUCAAAUCCAGGUUUGCAAGGUCGAGGAAUACCAACAGAUGAGGUAGAACAGAUUAUGCAGUCAGAGGCCUAUCAGCGCAGAAUUGCAACAUGUCAUUUGUGUGGGCAGUGCUGGUAUGACAACAAAUUCCGUGUGGGCUGCCAUGAAUGCGGUGGGUUUCCUCUACAACGUGCUUGCCCAGUUUGUGAUGGACAGUGUGGAAGUCAAUGGACCAGAAACAUCAAACUUUCUCAUAGUUUCCACGAAGCACACUGGGAUGGCUCCUGUGCACUGCCUCCAGAAGUUCAACAUGCAUUCCAGCUCAGAAAAUUGACAGACUCUUCCGAAGAAACCCUAUCAGAAGGCCUACAAGAUCUGUCUACCAGUUAGCUUUGUGUAUGCACCAGUUUGUUACAAUCCCUAUGAUAAUUCCUUUUUUUUUCACUGGCAUAUCAUUGCUUAUUUUUGCUUAUUGCACCCCUGGAAUGCUGUUUUACAAGAAACUGAUCCUGUGAUUUUUGAUUGAGAAUGGCAUAACCUGACAUUAUUUCGGGUCACUUUGAAAACAAACGAUCUGUCAAGACGAUAUAGCAUAAGAGUAUUCUCAUGUCAUUGGGAUCAAAUAAUUAAGGAUAUUGCUACUUCAUGUGUCACAUUUUAUGAGUCUGACUUCAAAUACAAUUGUCUAAUUAAGAUAUAAAGAUAUUAAGAAAAUAGAAUGACCAAUUUUUUACAAAUUUGAAUUAAUUACAUGAUGCUGUUUAGGAGUAGAAUCUGCUGGUAUUAAAACAUUUUCUUGUCCUAAUCAUAGAAAUCAGUCAUUGGCAAUAUUAGAACGAAUUUUCAUAAAGAAUUCAUAUGUCAUAAUCAUUUUUCUUGUGAAUCAUGUCAAUAUUAGUUUUUGCAUAUUCCUGAGAGCCUGCCAAAUGUGUUAAUGAGUAUAACCUAUUUACACUAUUAAUCAGCAACUGUGUCUAUGCACAGAUUAUUGUUCCAGUACCUAUAUUAAUUUUUUUAAGUUGAAUAAGAAUUCUAAAUUUAAUCUUUUGGAAGACAGAAAGGUUUCCUUGGUCAUAAAGUUUUGUCAACUUUUUUCAGUACAGUCAGCAUUUUUCUUUUCUUCCACCAUCAUAGCAUCAGUUAUUGUAGGUGGGCUCUUUGUACUUGUUAUUUGACUGAACGAGGGUUAAACUGCUGUGCAAAAUUUAUAGUACAAAAUAUAUGAAAAAACGAAUGGUGUUCUACUUGAAAAUUGUUAUCUAUUAGUGUUGCAAGACUGAAAGAACGGAUGACUGGAAGCUUUUAUUGCAAAUAAUACAUGUUAUUUUCUUAUAGAAAUACAGUGCUGUUACUCAUUUUGGACAAAGCACAGCAGGUGAUAAAUGGAAAUCUCUUUUUAUUUUUCUUCUUUUUUUGAAAAAGCAUUUUUCGACUUUUGGUGAACAAAUCAUUUUUGAGGGAGGGUUGGGGGAUGUUGCGUACAUUUUUUUCUUUUCUUUUCACGUUUUUACUUUUCAGACCUUAAAAAUACAACUAGUAAGGGUUGAUAGAUACCAGUCAGUAUAGAAGGGGUUGUCUUUGGUUAAAACAGAGAAAGAGUGUUGAAAACUUAGAAGAAAUUUUUUCAUUGUUUUUUUAUAUGUGACUUGUCUAAUUAACUUUCCCCCAGACUUUAAAAGAAAGGAUCCCAGAUAUUAUUUUGCCCCAUGAUCUGACAGUCUAAUGUACUGUUAACUGAAAAAGCAGAAUGACGGUAGUUUUUUCAGAGGAUAUUUAUAUCUUGUUGACCAAUUUUCUCCCUAAGAACACUUGCUGUUGUUGUGAUGGGAAAAAAAAUCUGUGAUUUGUUCGAAAGUCCACAAAGCAAGAUGACAUCAGGUAUUACACGAUUAGUCUAUUCACAUUUGUAUGUCAUACCCCUGUGCUUAUAUUUUGCUGGAACCUAAUUUUUCAUGUGCUGGUGGCAGAUGUUUGUUUCUUGUUUAUCUGUUUUACCGCUUAAACAUUUAUAAAGUUUACUAGUGAGACUGGAAGAGUUCCUCAGCAGAUGGUGCUUAUGGAGUUUGAAUAUUUUGUGGGGGUGAUUUUGCAAUUAGUGCAGUUUAUAGCUGUGGGAUUGCAAUCAUGAGCAAACAAAAUACAUAGAUAUUUUUCGGUUUACAAAAUGCGAGAUGGCUUUGUUAUAAAACCAUGGUUAAAGAAUUGUUUCUUUCUUGACUUUUAUUUUAUUUCAAGUUGUAAGCAUCGACAAGACACUAAAUUUGGUGGUGAGGAUGGGGGAGUUAAUACAACUGCUUGGGUAUGAUGACAAAGUACAGUUGUAGGUGUUGAUGCUACUUUCUAGCCUCAUGCAUAUUUCAACAAAUGAAGCAGAGAAAUCGAACCUAAAAUUGAAUGCUUGAAAGCAUAAAAGGGAAAAUCAGGAUCUAGGAAGAUCAAUAGUUUGUUAUCAGAAGUAAUGAGCUGUUCAUCUUUAGAAUGUCACUUGUGAAUGCUGACCUCUUUUGCUACAUUUUCUCAUUUCCAUUUAUUUAUGAACUUGAACUGUGCUGAAAAUAUAAUAAAAUUUAGCAUCAAAUUUGAGUCAUCUAGAAACCAACAUGUUGAUCUGCAUCUUGAAUUGCUCAUAAGCAGCAUUAUCAGAUUUGUGAUACAAUGCCGCUAUUUUCUAACUCAGUAUUUUCACAACAAAUGAAAUGUAUCUGCAUUUUUUCUGUUUUGUUAUUUCUUUUGUAGUUUCAGAGAAUUAUUUCCUGUUUAUUUUUGGUCUGCAGAAAGUAUUAUGCCAUUUUUUGAAAGGAUAAAAUUGUUGAGGCUUUGUAAUUCUUAUCAGCUAAAUAUUUCCUGUUUAUUUUGUGUCUGUCAUUUUUAGAAUGAUUAGAAUUGUCGAGUUUGUAUAAUUGUUAAUAGAUAAACAACCAUAGGGUGUUGUAUGGGAUAAAAUUAAAUAUCUGGGGAAAACCAGUUAACUGUGGAAAGUAACUGUAGUGGUUCCAGAAAACAAAAUUAUGAAGAGGUUUUUUGCAUGUUUACACUGUUUACUAUCAUUGAUAAAGGUACCUAUAUACUUUUCAUGGCAGAGAUCUCAUCCAGUUACUACUUAAUUUUUCUUGGGCAAUACACAAUACACCAGGCAAGUUUUUUAAGAAAAAGUUUGAUUUCAAAAGCCUAGCUGUAGCCUGUUUUUGAUUUAUGUGUUUGUUGAUGUGCAACUCUUAGUAUCACUUUUUUCACAAGUUUUGCCAUUAUUAUUUUAUCAUUUUAUGCUAACCUUCUGUUUUUAACAAGUAAGUUUUUACAUUUUAGAUAUGACAAUUUAGAAAGAAAGAGUUUGUGUACUCACAUGCACAUACAUGUGGGGGUAUGCACAUAGUGUAAGGGACAGACGCAAGCAAGGAGAUGCAUCACAGAUUUGUUGAUUCCUGUUUGUGAACAAAAGAGGCAGGUGACAUUUACUUUUGUAUUAUGUUUUUGCCAUGUAAUUUUACUGUUUGUGAAAACUCAUUUCAAAUUUACCUGUUAUGAAAAUUUAAGAAGUAAAACCUAAAACUGCAGUCUCCACUGCAAGGUCAUCGUCAUAAUCAUCAUUGUAAAUUAGUUCUAGUUGGCCUUGGGAGUACCUGAUAAUAUCACCAACUUUCACCAUCUUUCUUGUUUGUCUUCUAUUCUCUGGCAUCUGCCAGGCCAGUCUACUCUUGGAUGUAGUCUGCCCAUUUCUUUGGCCUACCUUUUUUUCCUCUGUACAGGAUUGUCUUUUGCAUGGCUUGAUGGUCUUCCCGUGGGCCUGUACCAUUUUAGUUUGCAUCUUCUCAUGAUAGCCAGGUAGAGCGCUAAUACAGCUGAAGUUCUUGCCUGGUUCUCUUUUAUAUUUACUCACUGAUGACAUGGUUAGUGUGAGAGAUUGAAAGUAUCCUCUUGUAGAAUCUCAUCUCCAUUGUCUGUAUUAUCUUUUGCAAGAAUCCACGUUCAACAUGCUUAUAGAAAGAUUGAAAUGAUCAAAGAGGACAGAACUAUUAUUUGCAUUUAUUUUUGUUACUGAGUGUCGAGAUAUGUCAUUAAAGAUGGGAUUUAGUUUAGUGCUUGCUGUUAGUGUGCUGUUCUGGAGAGCUCUUCAGUCCUAGUCAAAGACAGUCCCAAGCUGUAGACACCCUUGCCUUAUAAUGUUUGCUUUUUCAAGAUGUUCAUCAUUAUCAACAAGCUUUUUCCAGGUGAUUGAUCAGCCACCUGUGCUAACUAAAUGAAUGUUCUAUUAAUGCAUCUGCCAUGAUUACUUUAAAAGAGCAGAUCUCUACCUUUUUUUAAUAAAAAGGACAUUUCUUAAAAGAAAAGGAGAACAGUUUAACUAUAAGCAACAUCAAACUCCCGUUAUUUUCUUUGUUAACUCAGUUGCCAUUUUCUAUCUGUGUAUGGGGGUGGAGAUGGUCAAAAGAAUUUGAUUUUUCAGGAGUUACACUUCAUAAUAGCGAAGACAUGUAACUUUCAUUCCAUAAAAGUGAUCUCCCUGAUCAUGUUUUUAUUAUUUCUGUUUAUGUUAUUGAUAUGCACGUUAAACAUGGACAUAAAUUUCGAAAAAUGUGGUAGUUGUAUGAUGAUUGUAAUAUUCAUGUACAGAUUGAAUGAAUGAAAGUAGCUGUGUGGUUUGUGUGUGCAUUUCCACAGGUAGAACCUUACAAUGCAAGAGCACAGUUUCACAACUUGUGUACAAAACAAAAAAAGAGAAAAAGUAAGGGGCUAAAGGCCAUUAAUGUGGAUUAACCAUUGUCUUUUUAUUUUUACCUGGUUGAUUGUAAAUUAAUGUCAUACAAUUACACACUUAAGCAUAAUUUUUUGUGUUUAUUUUUGCAUGAUGGUAGUUAAUUUUUAUGAACAGUAACAACUGUACAUGUAAUUCUUUUGUUUAUGUAUUUUUCAAUAGCCAUUACAGAUUUUGGUGAAAGGAUUUCAUAGACUGUCGGUCUUCAGGACUGAAAGAAGAGUACGGAAGGUGGGGGAGUCAGUAUUUAUGCAUGUAAUAGAAUGUAUUACUGAUUUCCCCAUUAAAAAUCAUACUUUUAUUGAUGUUAAACAUUGCAUUUGCUUAUUUUCUGUGACUUGUUUUUUUUACUUCUGAAUAUUUUAAUGCAUUUAUUUCAUGACUGGAGAAAAUUAACUUUUUUCCCUUCACAAUUUGAUGUUGAGAUCUGAAAAAUCUGUUUCUACAUUGUAUCUCUUACAUCCCUUCACCCAAAUAUGCUUUUUGUGAAAGUGUUUUUCAAUUUUAACAGGUUUACUCUUCCUUCAUUUGCUUUUCUUAACUAACGGGAAAAAAAUGACACUUUUAAGCACACUGCUUUAAUGUUUUUUCAGGUAUUCCAUCAUGUUUGUAUGGUCACCACAUCAAGUUGUCGUUGACUGUCUGUUUUAGAUGCCGCAUUUAAAAAACAAAAACCAUUGAAUCUUAAAAAUAUAAAACAACAUUCAUUGUUGCUUAAAAUCAUAUCUUUUUUUUUCAAAUACCACAUUGUUGAUAGGAAGACAUUUUUCACUGGAAUAUGCAUCAUUUCUCCAGUCUUAUUUUUUUCUAAGGAAAUCCCCAAAGGACAUUGUAAUGUUCUGUACUUGUACUUUUUCCCAUAUUUUGAAAAUCCUUUGAAGUGUUUUUCAUAUUGACCAUAUUCGUUACAAGCCUCCAAGCAAAAUAUGAAGUGACUAUCACUUUCCAUGCAGACUAGUCAUCCUGUGGCACAGGUCUUUUUUGUAUUGUAUUAAUGUAUGUGGUGCUACAGAGUUUGAUGGAUGUACCACAGAGAGCAAGGUGGUGCAAGAGCACUUUCAGAUGCAGCCAGGAUCAAAGAAGUGUGUCGCUGGCUUGUUUCCAGAGAGGAGGAAAUGUUUAUUUUCAUUAUGCAGGUGUCUUUGCUUGGGGGUCUUUGAUGUUUGAUUCAUCACAGGUAUUUUUCUCUCAUUCAUGACUUGAAUUAAGAUGCAAUAGUAUAGCUAUGACAGUUUAAUGGCAUGGCCAUUAUAGAUGCAGGUAAAUUGUAUACGCCUAAUUUGAGGGCUGUGUGAUUUAGUACUUAUGGUUAGCUACCUCUCCUUCACACAGAAGCUCAUAACAUUUAAAGUUUGAUAGUUACCUCAUACAAGAAGCCAUUAUGUUCUUGGCAGCAUUUAUUAAGGAGUUUGUGCAUAAUGUGUGCACCUAGGUAACAGCUAAUAAGACACAACUGGCCUGCAGUACAAAGACAAGCAAACCAUGACCAAAACAUUGGUCUGACUGUUGCAGCAUUGUGCAGGGAAUCUUUCAAGUAACAAAUAUAAGAUAUGCAAGGACGGAGUGGAUUGUAGUAAUCACCACUGUAGGCAUUCCUUAAAUUCUUACCUCAGGGGUGGGGACAAAUUUUACUUCAGUGGUCUUGAGAGGAAUUUAGUGACCAAACAUGGAAUUCAUGCAGAUCUGUAUAAGGGUGCUAUUGAUCCAUUAAAACCUUGGAGGGUGCUUUAUUUAUCAGAUGCAAGAUAUUUUAAGACAGAAAAUUAAUAAGCUGCAUGUAGGGUUUUUUUUUGGUUUCUUAAAAAUGCAUGUGAGAGUAUAGUUUGCGAAGGAAAUCGUGAUGCACACUGCAGAUACAAAAAGAGAAAAGCUUGUCUAAAGUCAAAAAAGAAAUAGACAACUUUAUUUUGUUGAUCUCUGGUUGAGGCCUUAUGUGCAGCCUGAUGCACGAAGAGGAUUAGAUUAUUUUGUUGAUGUUUUAUUAUUUAAUGAUUUUACAAGGUAGUGUUUUCUUCAUGUUGCAAGGGAAAUAUUAUAUUGUUUAAGAGCUGCUUAAUGUGCAUAUUUGUUGUAGUGCUUUGAACAUAACAAAAGUUAUCAUUUGAAAGAAAAUGCUCCACAACCUUUUUCAGCAUUGAAAGUGUGCAGCUUUUGUAAAAUAAUUUUUGUGCUGGUUCUUCACAAAUAAUCAUUCAUCGGGAAAAUGGCUCAAAAUGUGUCAAUGUGAUAGUGUCGGUGUCAUUUUGCAGGUUUAGCACUGCAUGAUCAGUGAAGCAUGUGGUUUCUCCUUAAUAUGAUUUCGUGCAUGUUUCACAUCUCUGAGUAUUGCACGGCCACAUGUUUGAACCAUUUUAUUGAUAUAUGAAAGGAAGGGUUAGACAUAACCAUCAUCGCUCCCAAAAGUUCAACUUAAGUUGAACUACAGAUUUAGUUUACUUACAGCAAGCAUUGGUGAUAAACCUUUUGAGUCUGCACUGCUUAAAUGCUGUCUUUUUCUACAUUUCUUUUCUUUGUGAUAUUCAGUUUGUAUUUUUGUACAACAAGUGGGAGUCUCAGAAUAUAUUUGUGUCACAGGAGGAUUUUUGUCAUCAACUAUAUGUGUGGAAAUCAAGUCUGAAACAAAUUUUGGAAUGGUUGGCAGAGAUGGGGUAUGGAAUUUGUUGUGUUUAAUUAAGUCUCAGGCAUACAAGUUACUUUGUGACAUUCUGAAGAUUUAACCUUUCUUUUUUAAUAUGCACUAAAUAAAAACUUGAAAGUGGCUUUUAAAUAUAGACAUCCUGUAAUUAAGACUGUACAGCUGCACUGCUUUCGAAUGUGAAAAAAAGCAUUGUGUAAUAAACUGCUUUCGUAUUG